GAUCAUGAUGCUGAGGUGUUACUGUGAUAUGGAGCAAGAUUUUUGGGCUAAAAGUGGACAGCAGGAUGUCACACAUUUAGUUUCUCAACUUUCUUUUAGCUAUUUUAUUCUUUGGAAGUUUGGUAGUAAAUUUUAUUUUUUUAUUAAAAAAAUAAGUUUUCCAGACUUUAAAAAGUUCAAACAAAACAACUCUUUUUCUCAACUCACAGUUUCAACAGACCGACUUUCUGUGAGAUCAACACUAAUCAGAUUUAAGUUCAUUUCCAGCCCACAGCGCAAAGACGGACGCUCUCAUUGGCCACCUGUAGUCAUGGUGAUCCAGUGCAACUUUGCCUGUGGCAUGUCACUAAUACCCUACAAAGCCGGACCCGGUGGUGGACAUUCACACACUGAAGAAGGAACUUUCCGGAUGAAGCGUUGAGUCUCAUUUCCUCAACUUCACAAACUCAGGAGUCAGCUGUGUAACUGUAACUUCAAAGCAGAUCAGAAGAGCUUCUUGGAGCUGCGGGGCCUCGAAGUCCCUCCAUGACAUGCAGCCUUGCGACUCCAGGCUGUGGCUGCUGCUGCCAACAUGCUCCAGUUUGCACUCUCUGCUUACAACCUGCUCUGCAGGUGUCUUGGCGUCGCUUUCGCUGUCUGGUUUACUCUCCUGUUUGUCAUCAUAAUCGUGCCAGCUGUGCUCGGAGUCUCCCUGGGGAUCCAUGGGUUCUACAUCAGGACACUGUGCAGGCUUUUUGAGUGGACAACUUCACAAAUGGAAUUGAGAGCAAAGCUAAAGAACCAGCAGCUCUUUAAACCACAUACCAAAGGCAUCCUACCCAAAAGUGAACUACUGUCAGUGCAGGAAAACAUGCAGGAGCUCCGGAGUUCAGCUCACAGUCGGCGUUCGGAGCCACAGUUUGACCUGGCUGACGUCAUUUACUUCUGCCAGAAAGGAGUGGAGAGCAUUGUGGAUGACGAGGUGACCAAAUGCUUCUCAGCCCAGGAAGUAGAGUCCUGGAACCUGCUCACUCGCAGCAUCUGCCGUUUCCCUCACAGAGGUCUGAGGCUAACACUCCUGUGGGGUCUGGGUGUACUCAUCCGCUAUGGCAUCCUGCUGCCUCUCAGAGUAAUUCUAGCAGUAACAGGAAUUUUCCUGUUUGUGGUUCUGAGCACCUCAGUGGGAUUUUUACCUAAUGCAAAGUUAAGAUCCUUUCUUGGAGAGAAGGUGCAUUUGAUGGGAUAUCGCUUUUGUGUUAAAUCUCUCACAGCAUUCAUCACCUAUCACAACAGUGAAAACAGACCAAAGAAUGGCAGCAUCUGCGUGGCCAAUCACACAACACCCCUGGAUGUGAUCAUCCUGGCGAACGAUCGCUGCUACUCUUUGGUGGGUCAGGUGCACAGAGGUCUGCUGGGAAUGAUCCAAAAAGCGAUGGUUAAAUCCUCACCUCACAUAUGGUUUGAAAGAGCAGAGGUCAAAGACCGACAUCUAGUGGCCAAAAGGCUUUGCGAUCAUGCUGCUGAUAAAACCAAACAACCCAUCCUCAUCUUCCCUGAAGGCACAUGUGUCAACAACACAUCAGUUAUGAUGUUCAAGAAGGGCAGCUUUGAAAUCGGGUGCACCAUCUUUCCAGUAGCUAUUAAGUAUGACGUUCGCUUUGGAGAUGCUUACUGGAACAGCAGUAAGUUUGGUUUGGUGCGCCACCUUCUGAGAAUAAUGAGCAGCUGGGCGCUAGUCUGCAGCGUCUGGUACCUGCCCCCAAUGAAAAGAGAGGAAGGAGAGGAUGCAGCGCAGUUUGCAAAAAGAGUCAAGGCAGCCAUAGCCGCUGAAGCAGGAUUAGCGGAUCUCACGUGGGAUGGUGGCCUAAAAAGGACAAAAGUGAAAGAUGCCUUCAGAGAGGAGCAGCAGAGACUUUACAGCAGCGUUCUUUUGGGGGAACAUCAAAUACAAACGGAGGAAAUAUGUUGUAAAGAUGAAACUCAAGAGGAGGAUUAAUCAAAAACAAAAGUCAUUAUUAUUUUCUCUUUUAUGAUAAUAUGAAUGAUUAAUCUGUUGAAUUUUUUAGGGUUACUCAUGUUGUAAAGGAGAAAAGAUGAUGGGUCUGUUGUGUGAUCUUCUGUAAUCAAGCCACUUGAACAGAAACCCUCUAAUCCAGUGUUGGGAUCCAGUAGUUGUGAGCUUUAAGGUCUGAAGACGUCAGCUCGCUGAGUGAUAAGUGGCUCAAGGUCCUAUAUUUGUCUUCUGCUUCAGCCUUCACUGCACACUGUGAACCAGAGAAAGUGAGAUUAAACUGUCUCAUCAGGAAUGUUUGUUCCUGAUCAUGA